AUGGCAACAGAGCAGCCCGUGAUCGACUGGGCGCAUUAUCGGUUGGUGUUCGGGAAUGUGUCGCCGUACUUCUGGGCGUACGUCGGCAUCGCCGUCUGCGUCGGCGCGUCCAUCCUCGGCGCGGCCUGGGGCAUCUUCAUCACGGGCUCGUCGCUGAUCGGCGCCGCGAUGAAGGCGCCGCGCAUCACCAGCAAGAACCUCAUCUCCAUCAUCUUCUGCGAGGCCGUGGCCAUCUACGGCGUCAUCGUCGGCAUCAUCCUGCAGACCAAGGUCGACUACGCGCCGCCGCCCUACGACGCCCAGCAGUACGCCGCGGGCUACGCGAUCUUCGGCGCCGGCCUCACCGCGGGGCUCUCCAACCUCUUCUGUGGGAUCUGCGUGGGGGUCGUGGGCAGCAGCACGGCGCUGUCCGACGCGCAGAACGCCACGCUGUUCAUCAAGAUCCUGGUGGUUGAGAUCUUCGGGUCCGCGCUGGGCCUCUUCGGGGUGAUCGUGGGGAUCAUCAUCGCCGGGAGCGCGGACUUCAAGCCCGCGACGUAG